AUGCCGAGAGAAAUUUUGGGCUCAUCUACUAUUAUAAUCAUUAUUUUCGUCCACUUUCCAAAUAUUCUUAAUAAGGAAGAUGUGUCCGGCGAUACCUCUGAGGAGUUAUUGGUAGAAAAAUUGAGGCGCUACGGGAAACGGCUCGAAUUAUGUGAUUAUAUGCUAAGGGGUUUCAGUUUCAAGUGGCGUUAUCGAGAAAUGGUGAGUCCGGCAAUUCUCAAAGCCGUUCUAACUAUAGGGGAGGUGAUUCCUAAUGAUCCACACUUGAACGCUCGUCUCCACGAAGCUGUAACUUACAUAAUGGAAAAUUUGGAUGUGGAUGAUUUAACAUUUGAAAUUUGCCAACAAGUAAUGCAAUAUACGCUGAGUUAUAUACUUCGAAUUGAAAGUGGUUAUCAGCUUCUACGUUUGCUGAUUAAUAGAUUUGGAAUAAUCCCAGAUGGAACGUACUUAAAUAUUCAAACGAAUUUUUUGUAUAUGUCAUUCUUGAUAAGUUACAUCACUGAAAUGAGUGGGCAUGAUGUGGGGGUUGACAUGUUUCAACUCAGGGCAAUGCUCUCAGCUCCAACUGAACGAAUUCGAGAAAAUCCCGAUGUAAUUUGGUCUCUGUAUAAGAGUCUUAAGGGAAGCGAAGAUGCUCGCACAAUAUUCCGGGAAAUGGAUGCUCUGACAAUAUUAGGAAGUGUUGAGCGAGGAUUAGUUAGCGAAACCCAAGCUGUUACUGGUUUCCUGAAGGGACACCUCACUUUUAUUCCGAGACAACGUCCCUAUCAUGCUCGAAUUCCCGUCAAAAGUGGUGACUGCGAUAAACUGGGUGUAAAUGAGGUAAGAAUGUUUUUUUUAUACUAG